AUGCCGCACUCUCCGUGUGCCCAUGGGAGCCCUGCUGAGGAAGGCGAACCUCCCCGGGGCGCCCCCGCCAGGCAGCGAUGCCAGGAUGCCCGUCUCUGCCUCCCUCCGCCACCACGGCAGCCAGGAGCGGCCGGUGAGCCUGACCUCCACCACCUCCUCGUCCGGCUCGUCCCGUGACAGCCACGGUGCCAUGGAGGAGCCCAGCGCCCCCGAGGCCCCCGCUGAGAACGGGGCGGGCUCCCCGCGCGGCCGGCACGUCCCCAACAGCAACAACUCCAACAGCUGGCUGGGCGUGAAGGGGCCCCUCUCCCCGUUCAGCGGCCGCGCCGCAACAGGGCCUGCCCACCACAAGCUCAGCUACCUGGGCCGCGUGGUGCGGGAGAUUGUGGAAACCGAGCGCAUGUACGUGCAGGACCUGCGCAGCAUCGUGGAGGACUACCUCUUGGAGAUCAUUGACACGCCCGGGCUGCUGAAGCCAGAGCAAGUCAGCGCUCUCUUUGGGAACAUAGAAAGCAUCUAUGCACUGAACAGCCAGCUCCUCAGAGACCUGGACAGCUGCAAUAGUGACCCCGUGGCCGUCGCCAGCUGCUUUGUGGAGAGGAGCCAAGAGUUUGAUAUCUACACUCAGUAUUGCAACAACUACCCCAACUCGGUGGCCGCGCUGACGGAAUGCAUGCGAGACAAGCAGCAGGCCAAGUUCUUCCGGGACCGGCAGGAGUUGCUACAACACUCGCUGCCCUUGGGCUCCUACCUGCUGAAGCCCGUGCAGCGCAUCCUCAAGUACCACCUGCUGCUCCAGGAAAUCGCCAAGCACUUUGAUGAGGAAGAGGAUGGCUUCGAGGUGGUGGAGGAUGCCAUCGACACCAUGACCUGCGUGGCCUGGUACAUCAACGACAUGAAGAGGAGACACGAGCACGCCGUCCGGCUCCAGGAGAUUCAGUCGCUGCUCAUCAACUGGAAAGGGCCGGACCUGACCACGUACGGGGAGCUGGUCCUGGAGGGCACCUUCCGUGUGCACCGCGUGCGCAACGAGAGGACCUUCUUCCUCUUCGACAAGACGCUACUCAUCACCAAGAAGCGGGGCGACCAUUUUGUCUACAAGGGACACAUCCCGUGCUCCUCACUGAUGCUGAUCGAAAGCACCAGAGACUCCCUGUGCUUCACCGUCACCCACUACAAGCACAGCAAGCAACAGUACAGCAUCCAGGCCAAGACGGUGGAGGAGAAGCGGAACUGGACCCAUCACAUCAAGAGGCUCAUUCUGGAGAACCACCAUGCCACCAUUCCCCAGAAGGCCAAGGAAGCCAUCUUGGAAAUGGACUCCUACUAUCCCAGUCGGUACCGCUACAGCCCGGAGCGGCUGAAGAAGGCUUGGUCCUCCCAGGAUGAGGUGUGCACCCAGCACGUGCGCCAGGGGCGCCGGCAGUCUGAGCCCACCAGACACCUGCUAAGGCAACUGAACGAGAAAGCCAAAGCAGCUGGAAUGAAGGGGAAGGGACGCAGGGAAUCCGAAGGCCAUAAGAGCUGCAGAAGGCCCAGCAACUGGUCUCCAGUGAGUGCCGAGAAACGCACGAGUGGCGAGUCUGUCUCUUCCCUGCCGGAGGUGGAGCCGGACCCCGAGCCUGGGGCGGAGCCGGAGGAGGUGUUCGAAGCCGUGGAAGGGCCCGGCCCGGAGGAGAUGCCGUCGGACAGAGAGUCUCCAGAACCCCUAGGGAUGCAGCUGGACGCCAGGCAGGGGCCGCUGGGGACGGAUCCCCCUGGGGACAUGCUGGACUUCGUGGUGGCCGAGAGCCCCGAGGACCUGAAGGCCCUGAGCAGUGAGGAGGAGGAGGACUUGGGGGCCGCGCAGGAGCCCGAGAGCCUCCUGCCUUCCUCCGUGCUGGACCAGGCCAGCGUCAUCGCCGAGCGCUUCGUCAGCAGCUUCUCCCGGCGGAGCAGCCUGGCGCUGGACGAUGGCCGGUCCAGUGGCUUGGGGACGCCGCGGCUGGUCAGCAGGAGCAGCAGCGUGCUCAGCCUGGAGGGCAGUGACAAGGACUCUGCCCGCCGGGCCAGCCCCACCAACUCCCUGGCCGCCCAGCCCCCGCCGGAAGCGGAAGUGGACGUCGGCGGGGGCGUGGCCACGGAGGGCGGCACUUCGGUCGAGGGGCCGGAGCUGCCCGGCGCUGGGGGCUGCCCCGCGGAGCCGGGCCGGCCUUCAUGCCGGAGGAAGGACUCGCUGCUGUCCACGCGGGACCGGCUGUUGCUGGACAAGAUCAAGAGCUACUACGAGAGCGCCGAGCACCACGACGCCGGCUUCAGCGUCCGGCGCCGCGAGAGCCUGUCCUACAUCCCCAAAGGCCUGGUGCGGAACUCGGUGUCCAGGAUCAACAGCCUGCCCCGGCCGGACGCGGAGCCCGCGGCCCCCGCGGGGUGCAGGAGAGCGGCGGGCUCCCGGCCGGCCUCGUGGGCCCUGUUCGCCCUCCCGGGACCGAGCCAGGCCGGCGACGACGACGCGGCUCCCGUUUCGGAGGCGGAGUUCCGCCCGUCGUCGGAGAUGGUGAAGAUGUGGGAGACGAUGGAGGCUUCCGAGCGCAGCCCCCGGGGCAGCCCGGGCCAGGCCAAUGGCUUAGACCCGCACGAGCCGCUCUUCAUCCUGGAGGAGCACGAGCUGGGGGCCAUCACGGAGGAGUCGGCCGCGGCCUCGCCCGAGAGCGCCUCCCCCACCGAGCACCUGGCCCGGGAGCUGAGGGAGCUCCUGCAGGGGCUGAGCGGCGGCGUGCAGGGCGAGCUGGUCGCCCCGCUGCACCCCCGCAUCGUGCAGCUGUCCCACGUGAUGGACGGCCGCGUGAGCCAGCGCGUCAAGAACAAGGUCUACCAGCUGGCCCGCCAGUACAGCCUCCGGAUCAAGAACCGGGCGGCCCUGGCCCGGCCGCCUCUGCAGUGGGAAAGGGCGGCCCCCGACAAGGAUGGCGGCAGGAGCCCCACCAGCCCCUGCCCGCAGCAGGCGGCCCGAGAACCAUCUGGUACUACAGCUAAGAGGAAGCCAUUGCUGGCCCUCAACCCGGAGCAGCCGGCCAGCCCCGAGCACAGAGACCUCAAGGCCUCCCCUGCUGGGGACCCUUCGGCUGCCAGCCCCAGGACCGCCUCGCCUGGGGUCCGAGCCAGCUCCCGGAGCCCCCUCAGCCCCUUCGACACCGAGACCUUCAGCUGGCCCGACGUGCGAGAGCUCUGCUCCAAGUACGCGUCCCACGACGAGGCGGUGCAGGCUGAGGGUGGCCGACCCCGCGGCCCGCCGGUCAACCGGAGCCACUCCGUGCCCGAGAACAUGCUGCAGCCGCCGCUGCCGGCCAGGGCGGGCCGCUGCUGCAGCCUGAGCGCCGAGCCGGGCGGGCCCACGGGAGGUGAGGCCCUGCACGUCACCGCGGACGUCACCCUGGAGAACCAUCAGCGGGUGAUCGUCAUGGAGAAGGGGCCCCUUCCCGCGGGGCUGGAGGAGGAGGGCAGCGGGCAGGGCCCAGGCUCGCCGGCAGCCGUGGUGGGUCAGGGCCCCAGAGACUCGCACGCACUAGAGGAGGAGGGGCCGAGCCAGCGGGGCCGCGUGAGGAACCUGAGGGAGAAGUUCCAGGCCUUGAACUCCGUGGGUUGAUUGUGACCGAGCCCCCCACUCCCUCCCCAAGGCGGGAGGAGGCACAGUCGGGGUGGGGAAGAAGCUGCCGGGCGUCCCCUGGGCCUGGGCUCCCGCCAGCCCCCAGCCCCUCCUGGAAGGAUGUUCCAGUGUGUGUGGGGCUCACCUGUGCGUGCGUGCCGGCUGUCAGCCCGCGGCAGCCGCUCUGCUCUUGUAAAUACUCCCUCCUUGGUGUAAGAAGCCAAAUAUUUUAAGCUCAAUGUCUUCCCCGGGCAGAGCCAGCCCUGGAGACUCUGGAAUUCUGCCUCUUCUUGGGGUCCAGGCAGCCAUGAGGCCAAUAAUUUAUUGCUUUCCCUCCUGUGGUGUGCGUGCGUGCGCGAGCGAGCGUGGGGUCCCUCCUGUGAAGACCACUGUGGCCCGCGCCUGUGUUGUGAGGGUUGUCGCUCCUGUACACACAUUUCUUUAUUUGCCAACGGUGCAAUAACCACUGACCAACCA